AGGAAGCAUAGUGAAUUAUGGUCUACUGAAUCUCAGGUGAAGUUGUUUUGUUACAGAAAGAUUGCUGAACUGUGCUAUUUACUUGAAUAGUGAAUACAAGAAUUCACUCCUUAAGCUCAUUUCUAGUUAUGGAUGGUACUGUAUUCUUUUAGGCUUCUGUUGUGUGUUCUUGGACUACUGAAUCUGAGAGAUUAAAAAUUUAUGAAGAAAGUCGUUUUUAAUUAAUUGAAGGCAACCUUGUUGUUUGUUAGAAAUUUGUAAAUUAGAACUAAAGAAUAGUUUUGUUAAUUCAAGAUUCAUGCUUCACAACAAAGUAGAUAUGUAUUACUAUUAUAAACUAAUUUCAGCUAAUACUAACUAGAUAUUAUGCGGAAAUUGAAUUUAGUUUAUAAUAGUUUUACUUGCGAUAGCAAUUGGUAAUUCUAAUCAGCAAUGGUAUUAUAGUUAAAUAAAAAAAGUUCGAAGACGGCACCAGGGAAUUAACCAACAGUAUGUUCAAAUUGUUUCGACCUGCCGCUGUUCGAGACACCAUUCAUUCGGUUUUAGUGGAACAUUUGUCUGGAAAAACAUAUAUUGCGGAAGAGACCACAGACUGGACAAAAGUCAUAUCAGAUGAUAUCAAACAAAAAUUAAAAGAUAUGGGAUAUGACAGAUAUAAAUUUUUAGUUCAAGUUGUAAUAGGUGAACAAAGAGGAGAAGGAGUCAAGAUGGCUUGUAGGUGUUUCUGGGAUUCUGAUACAGACAACUAUGCACAAGAUAUAUUUAUGAAUGAUUCUUUAUUUUGUGUGGCAGCAGCAUUUGGAGUGUUCUAUUAUUGAUACAAUAUAAAAUCAUUUAUUACCACAACAAACAAUUAUUUACUGUUUUAAUUUAUUGUUGAAAAAAUAAGGUGUUGUCUAUGUCAGAUUUGUGGUCUAAGGGGAGACAAUAUGGACAAUUCGACACUUAGCAGGAGUUGUCUCCCUUAUACCACUGUUACUGCUGUGAUUUUUUGUGCUGAAUUUGAGCAUAAGGAUUUCAUUUUAAGAAAAUAGAUCAGAUUUUUGGAAAAGAAGAAACAAUACAACAAUUAAAGAAUAAAAAAUAUGCAUAAGGACUAAAAAGAUUCCUGAAAUAGUAUUUUUCAUUGUAUAUUUGAAAAUUAAUAUUUGCACAUUUGAAUCAUCUCUCACCCUGCAUUCUUAGAAACCAAUUUUUACUUAUACAGGUAUUAAAUAUUAUUUGAAAUUU